AUGGUUAAUUUAUGCUCUACUUACUCAUCAGGUCAAAGCAGUUUUUCAUUGAGGAGUCACACGUGUGGAGAGUUGUGCUCAAGUCAUAUAGAUGAAGAAGUUACUUUAUGUGGAUGGAUUCAGUACUUGAGGCAAGAUCUUUUUGUGAUCUUGAGAGACUUCAGUGGAUUGGUGCAAAUUCUUAUCCCACAGGAUGAGUCCAAAUCAGAACUGAAGAAUGCUUUUCUUGGUCUCACUGUGGAGUCGGUCAUCGUGGUUAAAGGAAGGGUCAGGCGUAGACCAGAGGGACAGGAGAAUAAGAAAAUGCCAACUGGAGAAAUCGAAGUCUGUGCUGAGAGCUUGGAAGUGUUGAAUACCUCCCGAAAGCUGCCGUUUGAAAUGAAAGAAUUUGUCAAAAAAUCCGAAGCCCUCCGGAUGCAGUAUCGGUAUCUUGAUCUUCGGUCACCCAGGAUGCAGUACAAUUUAAGACUGAGAUCACAAAUGGUGAUGAAAAUGAGGGAGUAUCUUUGCAAUUUGCAUGGAUUCGUGGAUGUGGAAACACCAACACUGUUUAAGAGAACACCAGGGGGUGCCAAAGAGUUUGUGGUGCCAUCUGGAGACCCUGUGAAGUUCUACUCUCUUCCACAGAGCCCACAGCAGUUCAAACAGCUUCUUAUGGUGGCUGGCAUAGACCGGUACUUUCAGCUCGCUUGCUGCUACAGAGACAAGGUCUCCAAGCCUGACAGACAGCCUGAAUUCACACAGGUGGAUAUUGAAAUAUCCUUUGUAGACCAAGCAGGAGUCAUGAGUUUGAUUGAAGGCUUGGUGCAUUACUCCUGGCCAGAGGACAAAGGACAGAUUAUUGUUCCUUUUCCUUCCAUGAUUUAUGAGGAAGCCAUGAGAGACUACGGAGUUGACAAACCAGACACUAGGUUUGGGAUGAAGCUUGUGGAUGUCACCACAGCAUUCCAGGGAACGCAAAUCCAGUUCAUCAAAGAUACACUUCUUAAACCAAGUGACUGCAUUCAGGCCAUCUGCGUCCCAGAAGGAACGAGUGGGGGCAAAGACUUAGAGUUCCUCAAACAAGCAGCCAAGACACAGUAUGGUCAGGAGGUGAGUGUGGCUCCAGUAAGGGCAGAUGGUUCACUGAAAUCUCUUCUCAGCCGGCUGCUUUUGGACACGGCCAAACAACAGCUGCUCCAGAUGGCCCAGGCCAAUGCUGGAGAUCUGAUCUUCAUCACAGCCGGACCCCGAGAGAACGUGCGCCCUCUGUUGGGGAAGCUGAGACUGCAGUGCGCGGAGCUGCUUGAGAGCUACGAUGUGCCUGUUCGUGACCCAUCUGUCUUUCACUUCUUGUGGGUGGUGGACUUUCCCCUCUUCUUACCCAAAGAGGAUAAUCCAGAGAUGCUUGAGGCUGCUCACCAUCCCUUCACUGCUCCAGUCCCAGAGGAUGCCCAUCUGCUGUACACCCAACCCCGCAAGGUGCGUGGCCAGCAUUACGACUUGGUUCUGAAUGGCUGCGAGGUCGGAGGAGGUUCAAUUCGCAUCCACAAUGCCUCUCAGCAGCUGUACGUCCUGGACACAAUUCUCAAGGUAAUGGAACGAGAAGAACAAAUGCUUUGGAUCUUAAGAGCCAGGGAGAAGAAACACCACAUUAGGGCCCCUCCGCAUGGUGGAAUCGCAUUAGGGCUGGAUCGACUGGUGUCCAUCAUUGUAGGAGCUCCCAGUAUCAGAGACGUCAUAGCCUUUCCAAAAUCCUUCAGAGGUUACGACCUCAUGAGUCGUGCUCCAGACUUCGUCUCUGAAGAAGACCUGAAGCCGUACCAUAUUUCUGUAGUCUGGCCUAGCACAGAUAUAGAGGGUUAGCAGCAAAACUCAGUGUAAACUCUAAAAUGUUUGUUAAUAUGCGUAUGAUGUUACGUUUGCCCGAGGAUGCAAGAUGAUUCGAAAUUUCCAUUGGCACCAUGCGGUCGCCAUCUGUGUCCAUGCCUUGUGAUGGACUUCAGAGGAGAAGCAGCAGGAUCACUUCCUGUCCUGGGAGAAUUGAGCACUAUCUUGGUGACACGUGUGUCCCCCUCAUCACAAAACACUUUCUUCUGCUGCUUCAACAGAUCAGUCAUGUACUUUCUCAACAUAUGCAUGAUCUGUAAUUAGUGUUUUCAACUGUACAUUUUUAAUGAAAUUAGUUUCAGUGAAAAACUGGAUUGUGAGCAUAAUUGAAUAUUCCAACAGGGGGCAGAGUUGUUCCAUAGCAACUGUUUACAUUGCCCCCCCCCCCCCCCCACCCCCAUGCCCUGCUGUGAAAUCAGCAUGCACCAUAUCCUACAUUUUCCUCCACCACCAGACAUACCAAAUAAAGCUACAUUUCAGUUUUUCUCAGCGAUGCCUUAUCUGCAAAAGCAGAUGCUCUUUUUUCAUCCGCAGGUACAGCUUCUCAUUACAGCCAGUGUUGUUUUAAAGCAGACCUGUGAGUUGGUCGCCAAGCUGGGAACAUAGUUUUGUGUAAGACAUGCUGUUUUUGCUGUUCUUCCAAUGACUUUUCCUUAAGUAUCCACUUAUUGCCUAUUUACAUGACUAUGUUUACUUGGAAGUACCUGCCUGCAUUCGGUAGAUAUUUCCAUUUGUGCACUAGAGACAAUUGCGGUACCGAACCUCGGCUGUGAUAUAGAGCUCUUCAUUAAUAGUAUAUACAUGCAAUCCACAAAUCCAUUUUAAAAGUCUGGGCUUCUAUCAUGAAGUCUUCUUAAAAAGGGAUGGUUCACCCAAACAUAAAAAUUCUGUUCCAGACCAGCUUGAUUUUCUUUCUUAUGUGGAACACAAAAGAAGAUAUUUUCAAAAACAUCUCCAUGCCUUUUUUUGUCCAUAUAGUAUUUUUCACUCUUCAAAAUAAUCUUCUUUUGUGUUCUCCAGAAAAAAAAAGAAA